AUGAGGCCGCUGCCGGGCGCUCCCGGCGUGGCGGCGGCCGCCGCGCUGUGGCUGCUGCUGCUGCUGCUGCCCCGGGCCCGGGCGGACGAGCACGAGCACACGUAUCAAGAUAAAGAGGAAGUUGUUUUAUGGAUGAAUACUGUUGGGCCCUACCAUAAUCGACAAGAGACUUAUAAAUACUUUUCACUUCCAUUUUGUGUGGGGUCAAAAAGAAGUAUCAGUCAUUACCAUGAAACUCUGGGAGAAGCACUUCAAGGCGUUGAAUUGGAAUUUAGUGGUCUGGAUAUUAAAUUCAAAGAUGAUGUGAUGCCAGCCACUUACUGUGAAAUUGACUUAGAUAAAGAAAAGAGAGAUGCAUUUGUGUAUGCUAUCAAAAAUCACUACUGGUACCAAAUGUACAUAGAUGACUUACCAAUAUGGGGUAUUGUUGGUGAAGCAGAUGAAAAUGGAGAAGAUUACUAUCUUUGGACCUACAAAAAACUUGAAAUAGGGUUUAAUGGAAACCGAAUUGUUGAUGUUAAUCUAACUAGUGAAGGAAAAGUGAAACUGGUUCCCAAUACUAAAAUCCAGAUGUCAUAUUCAGUAAAAUGGAAAAAGUCAGAAGUAAAAUUUGAAGAUAGAUUUGACAAAUAUCUUGAUCCAUCUUUUUUUCAACACAGGAUUCAUUGGUUUUCAAUUUUCAACUCCUUCAUGAUGGUUAUCUUCUUGGUGGGCUUAGUUUCAAUGAUUUUAAUGAGAACUUUAAGAAAAGAUUAUGCUCGGUACAGUAAAGAAGAAGAAAUGGAUGAUAUGGAUAGAGACCUAGGAGAUGAAUAUGGAUGGAAGCAGGUGCAUGGUGAUGUAUUUAGACCAUCAAGUCACCCCCUGAUAUUUUCUUCUCUCAUUGGUUCUGGAUGUCAGAUAUUUGCUGUGUCUUUCAUUGUUAUUAUUGUUGCAAUGAUAGAAGAUUUAUAUACAGAGAGGGGAUCCAUGCUCAGUACAGCCAUAUUUGUCUAUGCUGCUACAUCUCCAGUGAAUGGUUAUUUUGGAGGAAGCUUAUAUGCUAGACAAGGAGGAAGGAGAUGGAUAAAACAGAUGUUUAUUGGGGCAUUCCUUAUCCCAGCUAUGGUGUGUGGUACUGCCUUCUUCAUCAAUUUUAUAGCCAUUUAUUACCAUGCUUCAAGAGCCAUUCCUUUUGGAACAAUGGUGGCUGUUUGUUGCAUCUGUUUUUUCGUUAUUCUUCCUCUAAAUCUUGUUGGUACAAUACUUGGCCGAAAUCUGUCAGGUCAGCCCAACUUUCCUUGUCGUGUCAAUGCUGUGCCUCGUCCCAUUCCGGAGAAAAAAUGGUUUAUGGAGCCUGCAGUUAUUGUUUGCUUGGGAGGAAUUUUACCUUUUGGCUCAAUCUUCAUUGAAAUGUAUUUCAUCUUCACCUCUUUCUGGGCAUACAAGAUCUACUAUGUCUACGGCUUCAUGAUGCUGGUGCUGGUCAUCCUGUGCAUUGUGACUGUCUGUGUGACCAUUGUGUGCACAUACUUCCUGCUGAACGCGGAGGACUAUAGGUGGCAAUGGACAAGUUUUCUGUCUGCUGCAUCAACUGCAAUCUAUGUUUACAUGUAUUCCUUUUACUACUAUUUUUUCAAAACAAAGAUGUAUGGCUUAUUUCAAACAUCAUUUUACUUUGGAUAUAUGGCGGUAUUCAGCACAGCCUUGGGGAUAAUGUGUGGAGCGAUUGGUUACAUGGGAACAAGUGCCUUUGUCCGAAAAAUCUAUACUAAUGUGAAAAUUGACUAG